AUAAGUUGCUGAAUUCCUUGGAGUCUUAAUUGAUAUUGCAAACUACACAGAAGCUUGGAAUUCUUCAUGUUUUUAAUGGGGAAGGAGAGGGCAGUUUUAUGACAUUUGAUUACCAGAUAAUAAUCUGCAUUUGUCAUAACUUGCUGACUCUUAAUCUCAAGCCAGCAUGUUCACCUUGCUCCUGACAUCAGUCUGAUUUGCUUACCUGUUAUUGGUCACGAUAUUUAUUUUUAAACAGGUUAGAACUUGUUAUUAAGAUAAAAGCAACAACAAAACAGUAUUGAAACCUUAGUUUUGAUAUUUCAAAGAAAUGACUUGCUUUUCUAGAUUUUUAAAAAUAGUUUUGUAGAAUUUUAAGCUUAACCAUUAUUUAGUUUGUUUCAUCCAUUUUUAUUUGCUUUUCUAAUUGCCUGUCCUCAUUUUGAUAAAUUGUAAAAUAAUUUAAAUAGUGUAUCUGUAAGUAUGUAUAAUUAUAAUGAUGUAAAAUACUUUGUGUGUGUGUGUGUGUGUGUAUGUUUGGGUGUAUACACACACAUAAAUGGCUGUACCUAGCCAAGGACUUUUUUAUUUGUAUAAAACUUUUUAUAUAAAGUUUGCUUUCUUUACCAGUAAUGUAUAAAUAAAACCAUGUGAAGUUCUGUUAUAUUUUGAUUAGAAUGUUUCUUUUAGUGUGCUUAGAUAAUAAGUGAAACAACAAAAAAGGUUAAACUCCCAGAGGACAUGGGGGCUAUUUUGAAGUGGUUCUUGGUUAGGGUGUGGCUGACUGAAUGCGUGGCUGGCUGAAUGUGUUGGAGCAGAUUAAUUGGAGAAAACCAGUUGCCUUUGCCUGCUUUCUCACAGCAGGUAAUGGUACAGUGAACAGUGCUGCCGGUGUCCUCACAGACAAAAUCAGGGCAGCACAAAAACUCCUUUGGGGUGAAGAUCUGGGAAAAACAGACAUUAGUCCCUUACCAUGGGGGAUUGGAAUUUAUUGGGUGGCAUCCUAGAGGAAGUUCACUCCCACUCAACCAUGGUGGGGAAAAUCUGGCUGACCAUCCUCUUCGUUUUCCGGAUGCUGAUACUUGGUGUAGCUGCUGAAGAUGUCUGGGAUGAUGAACAGUCAGCAUUUGCCUGCAACACCCAGCAGCCAGGUUGCAACACUGUCUGUUACGAUGAUGCUUUCCCUAUCUCUUUGAUCAGGUUCUGGGUUUUACAGAUCAUCUUUGUGUCUUCUCCCUCUCUGGUAUAUAUGGGCCAUGCACUUUAUAGCCUCAGGGCCUUUGAAAAGGAGAGGCAGAGGAAAGAGUCACAGCUUAGAGCCCAGAUGGAGAAUCCAGAGCUUGAAUUGGAGGAGCAGCAAAACAUAGAUAGAGAACUGAGGAAGUUGGAGGAGCAGAAGGAGAUCCCAAAAGUCCCUCUGAAAGGAUGUCUUCUGCGUACUUACGUCUUACACAUCUUGACCAGAUCUGUGCUGGAAGUAGGGUUCAUGAUAGGCCAGUAUAUUCUCAAUGGGUUUCAAAUGCAUCCCCUUUACAAGUGUACUCAACCUCCUUGCCCCAAUGCAGUGGAUUGCUUUGUGUCCAGGCCCACAGAGAAGACCAUUUUCAUGCUCUUUAUGCACAGCAUUGCAGCCAUUUUGUUCCUCAACGUACUGUAAAUAUUUCAUCUGGGGGUCAGGAAAAUCAUGAGGGCACUUUAUGACAAAUCCAGCAGUGAGGGCAUUGAGGACGAAAGGGGACCUCCAUUUCAUCUGAAAAAAUAUUCCGCGGCCCAGCAGUUUAUGAAUUGCUCUCCCUUCCCUGAAGGAGUCUCUCUACUUCAAGCCAGCAAUCAACAGCAAGUCUUCCGAGUCAACGUGCCGAAUUCUAAAACCAUGUGGCAAAUCCCACAGCCCGGGCAACUUGAGGUAGACCCUUGCUGUAGUAAGAAAGACUGGGCUGAGGGGGAUCAGCACAGAGGACAGCUCCAUGUCCACAGCCCGUGUCCCUGGGACGAUAGUGCUAGAAUUCAGCACUCGGGACAGCAACCAGACCGUUCUUCCUUUGGCUUGCAGACUACAACGCCCCAGUCCUGGCUGGGUACAAUGAUGGCUCCUAGACAUUGUCCAUCACGUACAACAGGACCCUGGGAGCAAUCCCAGGACCUGCAACCCUCAGGGGAGCCUCUAGAUCUACACAGUCACUGCAGACACAGCGAUGGCAGCAUGAGAGAGAGCAGAGCAGACAGACCUUGCACGGGCAGUCGCAAGGCCAGCUUUCCGUCCAGAUUGCUGUCUGAAAUGGGAUAGCUGUACAGUGACUCAAUAAGCUCCAGUUCUCAAAAUAGCUCUUGCCUGGGCUUUCCGCACCGGGAAAACAGCCCCUCACUUCUGCCUUCAGCCACUGGGCACAGAACAUCAAUGGUAGUAAAGACAGACAGUCUGACUGAUCAUGGAAUUUCACAAGAGGUGUUCCACUUUGGUUCCUUCUUAGUUCUGUUUCCUCCUCCUUUGUGUAUAUAUGUGUGUGUUGAGAGAGUGGGAAAUGAGGAGAGAGAGGUUAAUUUAUGGAGAGUUAAAUUCAUUCAUUUAACACAUUCAGUUGAAUUUAAUUCGUAA